AUGGUCAUACUGAACGCUAUUCGAGUCCUGAGCGGGACAAGCUUGAAGUUGCGCAUCUCAUUCUGUGCUAUCAGCAGUUUCACAUUCACCGGCAGUCACAAGAGAGCCUUCACAAUGUCAGAACACUUCACUGAACAAAUAGUAUUUAACAAACCAAAGGUAAGUUGUAUUUGACGACUAAUGUAUCAGGAAAAAAGAAAGUUGCAUUAAAUUAUUCAUUAUCCUGUUUACUCUCCUUCUCAACCACUUUGUAACCAUUUAUUAAUUAUCCUAUUAUUCCUUCUCAACCUUGUCACCGUGUAGGCUGUACUUUGUUUCGGUAAUGAUAGGGUUUGACGACGCUCUUUCAUUUGUUUGAUUCUAAAAUCAAGGAAGCACGUGGUUAGAAGAAACGAAAGUAGAAAGGGAUUGUAGGCUACUAUUGCUGAACUGUUGUGCCAUCAGUGGGCUGUUCGUGUAGCCUAUUCAUUUGCACCAAUACCAAGUAAAACGUUUUAAGAAGAUCCUUACUAGAUACAUUUUCCAUUUGAUACAUUUUCUAAAGUAUUGUGUCAGUAUUUUCACACUUACUUGGGUUUUACAUAGCAUGUAAUACACUGACCAUUAGAUAACAUUUCACUGUAAUUAUGGAUGGGCAUUGGUGGUGCCGCCUCUUCCUAUAGGCAGACUAAGCGUUCUGAGCGUAGGGCCCGCGCCCGCUAGUGGGCCCCGACCCAAUUUGUUGGUAAAACAAUAAUGAUGACCUCAGUAGGGGUCUCAACAUACUGUGCAAUUUCGAAAUGUGGUAGUGCAUCAGUACUUUUCCACUUAUGUCAGUCACUCAAAGCUUUUAGAUUGCAAGGUAAGGUAGUCUAGCCAGCUAUCUAACACUUGUAGUAGGCCUAAUCAUCACCAAAUUACCAACCAGGCACGCAGGGCAUGUGCUCAGGGGCCCUGAAUUCCAGGGGGCCCCCAUUGAUUUAGUUAGUCACUCCUACACAGAUAUCAUGUGAAAAUUGCAUAAGUAAUGGAAAAAUGUGUAGAAUGGCAGGAAAUGUGCUUUAAAACUGCUAAAUGUUCUCCGCCCCAUGGUAAAUAUUUGAAUAAUUGCAGAGAUGUUGCUUUAAAACUGCAACACAGCCUUCCGACCAAAUCUCGCUUAGCACCCCCCAAAAGGCUAGAGGUGGCUCAGGGUGGUGGGAUUGGCAGGUGCAGUUACUGGUGGAGACAGAUUGAUUGAUGUGUCAAGCCCAUGAAGAUUACUGUCUAUGUUUAGAGUAUCAAAUAGACAAGGGGUGACACUGUAAUAUUAAUGGUGGACAAAGGCACUGUAAUAUUAUUGGUGGACAAAGGCACUGUAUUAUUAAUGGUGGACAAAGGCACUGUAAUAUUAUUGGUGGACAAAGGCACUGUAUUAUUAAUGGUGGACAAAGGCACUGUAAUAUUAUUGGUGGACAAAGGCACUGUAUUAUUAAUGGUGGACAAAGGCACUGUAAUAUUAAUGGUGGACAAAGGCACUGUAAUAUUAAUGGCGGACAAAGGCACUGUAAUAUUAUUGGUGGACAAAGGCACCAAAAACACCAGUAAUAAGAUAGUUUGGUGGUUAAAGCUGCUUUAUCUUUAAUCAGAAGCAGUAGGCUACUCUACUUGUUUCAAUGGGUAAGUUAAUCUCGGUUACCCAGAAGUAAAUUCUUACGCAGAAUCUGCCCACGAGAGAUUAACGGUGAGCAAGCUGCUCUUCCUGGUACCCGGACAGUGUAAUUCAAUUCACACACUGUAGCCUGUACUGCACCACCGUGUCUCCUCUAGAGGGGCAACACAAAAACAAUACAUUAUUUUAUUGUUCCAUUAUUCAGAGACAACAGUAAUGUGGUAGUAUUUGCUGUCAGAGUACCCAGCCCCAACACACAACGUACACACAACAGGCUGGGAGCAGCACAGGGUCAGCCACAGAGCAGUGACCCUGGAGCAGGUUAGGGUUUAAGUUGCCUUGAUCAAGGGCCCAUCCGCGGUAGGUGGAGAUGCAGAGUGAGUGCACGAUUGAUUUGUAUGUAUUAAGGCCAGUUAUAUACAAUUAAAAACAUUACAAUACAUUUCACAACAGAUUUCACAACACAUUGAGUGUGUGCCCUCAGGCCACUGCUCUACUACCAUAUAUCUACGACACAAAAUCCAUGUGUACGUGUGUGUGUGUAUACUCAGGACAUGAGGACAUUAGUUCAGGAGGCCAGGGGUAAUAAAGACAGAUAGUUCAGGGCCCGUGUUCAUAAAGCGUCUCAGAGUAGGAAUGCAGAUCUAGGAUCAGUUUGACCUUUUUAGAUCACUAUGUAUAACAUGGACAGGAGGGACCUGAUCCUAGAUCAGCACUCCUUGUCCGAGACACGAGAUACAGGGCCAGGUGUAAGAAAGACACUUCAGUAAAUACUGAUCCUAAGUCUUCUUCAACAUAUAGCCCCCAUAAACACCAGCAUAGAAACAAUAGUGCCCUUUGGAGUCAUGGUCCUGAGUCAUGGUCCUGAGUCAGCAGUACAUGCACGGGGGUAGGAGCUGAUAGCUGAUAACAAGAAGCAUAAUGACAGACUCCUAACCCCAACGUGUGUGUGUGUGUGUGUGUGUGUGUGUGUGUGUGUGUGUGUGUGUGUGUGUGUGUGUGUGUGGGCGUGUGUGUGGGCGUGUGCGUGUAUUUCAUUUUAUUACACUGACUGUGACAAAGGCUGAAUGAAUGCAGUAAUACAGGGAUGGACAACCUUGAAGAGUGACUUUGAAUGACACUGAUAACAUUUUUAUCAUCUACCAAUAAUUGAAUGUAUGGGGCGUGAUGAGCCAGGGCUCAACUAUGCAUGCAACAGAAGCAUAACUAUGUAAAGUUAUGUAAUGACUAUACAUUACACAACAGGUUGAGUCUUAAUUGUUUGUAAACUGAUACAUGCAUUUUGUGAUAAUAAUAAUAAUCAUAGCUGUUUAACGUAAACAAAAUAAGGUCGUCGUGCUGUUAUAGACACACAUUUAUAACAACAAGAACACAGAUGAUUAAUAACUGUUUUUUCCAUUACAUUUAUACCUGUUGAUAGAUAAAACUGAUUAUAUGCUUUGUAUUGGCCAUGGUUUAUAAAGUAGGAAACCACAGAAGAAUAGCCCAUGAGGAAAUGAGUUGUUACUACAAUGCCAGAAGAUCACUUCACCUGUAAACGACUAAAACAGCUGUCAUAGAUCUGAUCUGUGUAUGUAGCCUAGCAUCCAUUGAUGCUCUGUUGCGGCUCUGACGUCAUGGGCCUGUUGUUGAGAUAGUGAAUCUCUCUCUGUUUGCUUGUUUCAGUGAUAGAUGGGCCUAAACAACAGAGAAACUAUGUCUCUGUACUCUUCACUCACUAAUUAUAUUUAAACACUGUCUUCUUCAAGACUCUACACACACACUCACACAUAUACACACACACACACACACACAUGCAUGGAGGCACACACACAUAUCCAUUGUUAUCCCAAAGUGGACUGAAUAGAGAUGCAGUAACAGUCAUGUGAGACCUACACCCUGGACAUGUUUUCAGAGUCAGUGAACAAAGUGGUCGUCGACAAAGAACCUUAGCAAUGCAUUAUAGGCACUCUGUAAAGCAGAGGAAGUUGAGGGCACGUGGGAGAUAAAUGAUUGCAUCAUUCUGCCAAGUAUUGCAGACAAAUGAUGAGUGAGUGCGUGCUUCUAAUGGGUGGAUAAUGUGUAAUGUGCUGGAAAUGGAAUAAAACAUGUGUAUUGACUUAGUGAAACCUAACACAAAAUCUAAUGGCUUUGUGAGACAAGAUUAUAGCUGCUGCUGUAAGUUCAUAAAGGCAGUUCAGUGUACUUUGGUGUAGUUUUACUGGGGUGUUUAGAACACUGUGUACCUCAGAGCUCUACAUUUGAAUUUAGUAUAGCUAUGGAGUGUUUAGACAGGUUCUACUUUUUUCGAAGGAACUAAAUGUUUCACAGGAACCGAGUGUUUCCUUAAAUUCCAUAAGGUGACAUCUAGUGACAAAUAGUUGUUGUGUUCAAGCAGUUAGGGUUCAACCUGCAUGCUACUGGUUGCAAGGCAAUUAUACAGUAGACCAAUUCUGUGCCAAAGAUAACACUGUUGGAGACACAAAUAACUUUUAUUUAUGUAAACAUACUGUACGUGUGUGUCCAAGAGGUUGUGCUAGAAAAACAUAACACAGGGUCAGUCUAUACUGUACGUUCAACAUAGUUGAUUGUGGACAGUAAAUUAUACUGCAAAGUAGACUACCUUGACAUUUCCUACAAGAGCCUAAUGCUGAUAUUUGUCUUUCAAGGCCUUGGUUUCCUGUCAUACCAAUGUCAGUAGCAGGGGUCAUGUCACACCGUAAUUAUCACACUCAUGCUAAACUCGUUAUGUAAUAACCAUAACGGUAUUGCCUUCAGGAGCCAACCUGUCAGACACAUUAUGGUAAGAUGAUAAAGAUGGUUUUGAUCUUUUCAAGGAUCAUUUCUGCUGCUGUUCUUGGAAGAUUUGUUCUUAGGAAUUAAUUUAUCUAAAAUUGCCUAUAAUUUCCACAUUCUCAAUUUCAUCCAGUGUGUGCCUGGGACGGUCAAAAGAUUAUUAGAAACGAUACAUAAAAAUGCCUUCUGUUUACAAUCGAAUCCCAUGGUCAUGGGUAAUUAGUUCUAACUCAGUCUGCCCUGUAGUCAGCUGGUGUAGAGUAGCGGAGCUGGCAAGAUUUAGCACUUUCAUCUGUCAGUGUAAGUUGUGGCUAGAAAAAGGGCCAGAGCACUCAGUUGCUCUUCUUUGAACAUUCUUUGGCAUCACUGGCCUUUUCACUGACUGCACUACGUUCGGUGCCCAGUCAUACGUACUGUAUUUGAGAUAGAUGUGGUCCAGCUUCACACUACAACACAACACAAGGUGUCCUGCCUGCUCUCUCAUUUGCCAAUGUUUAGUCCAUUCAUUUAUUUUUUGCCAGAUUUGUGAGUUCAUCCAGAGAUCAUCCCUGUGGACUAAAUUACUCUAUAGGUCAUUAGGUUAAAAGUACAUUCUGUUUUUUAAAUGAUUAUUUGGUCAUAUUUUUUAUCUUCAGAUUGAGCUGCAUGUGCAUCUUGAUGGCGCUAUCCGAGUGGAGACGAUCCUAGACGUUGCCGAGUAAGUUCAUAAACCUGUUGAGUUCUUAGCAUUUUUCUUUUAGUUAAAUAAUGUGUUAAAAUUGGUUUUGCAAGUUCUCUUGAAUCAUGAAUGACCAAUUACCCUUGACAAAAGGGCUGUUAGGUUCAAGUGACAUACAUUGUUCUUUCAGUAUUUGUGUUUGGAACAUAUAGGCCUAGUUAUGGGGGUCUUUUUGAACUAGCAAUUGUCUUUAAGUCAUUCAUAUAAUUAAUUGAAAUAAUAAUAAUAAUAUAAUAAUAACUUUAUUUAUAUAGUGCUUUUCAAUACAAGUAACAAAGUGAUUCACAUAAAAUAAUCAAAUAAAAGUACUAAGAAAGAAACAAAGACAGGAGGAAGGAGAAUUUUAAAAAUAUAGCUAAUUUAAAUAAUACAUUGAAAUCAUGUAUUAAAAGCAUCUUUAUAAAAAAGUGCACUGAAUCUGCAAGCCUGAUCUCCUCUGGCAGACCAUUCCAAAGUCUAGAGGCCCUAAUGGCAAAUGCCUGAUCUCCUUUCAUUUUCAACCUAGAGAAAUGAACAUUGAACAGCUGUAGCUAAAUAUUGCUGAUUGCACUUUUAAAGCCUCUGUCUGUCCCAGGCGACGUGGGAUUACCCUGCCUGCAUGCACAGUGAAGGAGAUGACACACAUCUGUGUGGUGCAUCAGCCUGCCACCCUCACAGAGUUCCUCGGCAAGUUCGCAGAGUACAUGCACGUCAUUGCGUAAGUACCCUGAACAUAAAGAUAGAUAUGAGAUAAUUAGAUGCUGACUACUGUACUAACCACCUGAGCUUUUGGAUGUUCCCUGAUGCUGGAAGGGGGGCCCCGAGUGAAAAGGUUUGGGAGCCCCUGAUUUAGCAGAUGCUUUUAUCAUUAUCAUAGAGAGGUGUUUUCAUGAUCCUAGAUCUAUUUGUGCCAAUAGUGUAACAAUGACCAUAGGAAUUGGUAAGACAGCAUAAACAGAUCUGGGAACAAGCUAGGGAGGAGUUGCCUCAAGACCUCAAACUCAAGAGUUUUGACCAAAUGGAGUGGUCAGGCGUUAGUUUACUCACUACUGGGAGUAGAGAGAGGAGAGAGAGAGAGGAGAGGAGGGAGGGAAGAGGAGGUGAGGAGGGAGAGGGGGAGGGAGGGAGGAGCUUUUUCUCGCGUUCUGUCUUCUCGCUGAAGAGAGUUCUGUCCUUCGCUCUUCCUGCAUCCUCUACUGCUCUCUCUCUCUUCGCCCGCUAUCUACACUCGGCUCGCAUAUCGCUUCGGUAUCCUCUCUCUCCUCUCUCUCUCCUCUCUCUCUCUAGGAGGAGAGAGAGAAAAUUCAGAGCCAGACUGGACUGGAUGUUCCUUACUACUCUUUUUUUAUUUCAACGGGUAUCAUUACCAUCAACAGGUCAAAUUAAAUCACAUUUUAUUUCUCACAUGCGCCGAAUACAACAGGUGUAGACCUUACAGUGAAAUGCUUACUUACAAGCCCUAAACCAACAAUGCAGUUUUAAGAAAUAAAAUAGAAAUAAAAGUAACAAAUACUUAAAGAGCAGCAAUAAAAUAACAAUAGUGAGGCUAUAUACAGAGUCAAUGUGCGGGGGCACCGGUUAGUCGAGGUAAUUGAGGUAAUAUGUACAGUUGAAGUCGGAAGUUUACAUACACUUAGGUUGGAGUCAUUAAAACUUGUUUUUCUACCACUCCACACAUUUCUUUUUAACAAACUAUAGUUUUGGCAAGUCGGUUAGGACAUCUACUUUGUGCAUGACAAGUCCUUUUUCCAAAAAUUGUUUACAGACAGAUUAUUCACUUAUAAUUCACUGUAUCACAAUUCCAGUGGGUCAGACAUUUCCAAACGCCUGAAGGUACCAAGUUGACUGUGCCUUUAAACAGCUUGGAAAAUUCCAGAAAAUGAUGUCAUGGCUUUAGAAGCUUCUGAUAGGCUAAUUGACAUCAUUUGAGUCAAUUGGAGGUGUACCUGUGGAUGUAUUUCAAGGCCUACCUUCAAACUCAGUGCCUCUUUGCUUGACAUGAUGGGAAAAUCAAAAGAAAUCAGCCAAGACCUUGGGAGCAAUUUCCAAACGCCUGAAGGUACCACGUUCAUCUGUACAAACAAUAGUACACAAGUAUAAACACCAUGGGACCACGCAGCCGUCAUACCGCUCAGGAAGGAGACGCGUUCUGUCUCCUAGAGAUUAACGUACUUUGGUGCGAAAAGUGCAAAUCAAUCCCAGAACAACAGCAAAGGACCUUGUGAAGAUGCUGGAGGAAACAGGUACAGAAGUAUCUAUAUCCACAGUAAAACGAGUCCUAUAUCAACAUAACCUGAAAGGCCGCUCAGCAAGGAAGAAGCCACUGCUCCAAAACCGACAAAAAUAGCCGGACUACGGUUUGCAACUGCACACGGGGACAAAGAUCGUACUUUUUGGAGAAAUGUCCUCUGGUCUAAUGAAACAAAAAUAGAACUGCCAUAAUGACCAUAGUUAUGUUUGGAGGAAAAGGGGGUUGCUUGCAAGCUGAAGAACACCAUCACAACGUGAAGCACAGGGAUGGCACCAUCAUGCUGUGAGUGUGCUUUGCUGCAGGAGGGACUGGUGCACUUCACAAAAUAGAUGGCAUCAUGAGGAAGGAAAAUUAUGUGGAUAUAUUGAAGCAACAUCUCAAGACAUCGGUCAGGAAGUUAAAGCUUGGUCGCAAAAAGUUUAACAAUUUAAAGGCAAUGCUACCAAAUACUAAUUGAGUGUAGGUAAACUUCUGACCCACUUGGAAUAUGAUGAAAGAAAUAAAAGCUGAAAUAAAUCAUUCUCUCUACUAUUAUUCUGACAUUUCACAUUCUUAAAAUAAAGUGGUGAUCCUAACUGACCUAAGACAGGGAAUUUUUACUAGGAUUAAUUGUCAGGAAUUGUGAAAAACUGAGUUUAAAUGUAUUUGGCUAAGUUGUAUGUAAACUUCUGACUUCAACCGUACAUGUAGGUAGUGUUAUUAAAGUGACUAUGCAUAGAUAAUAAACCUAGAGUAGCCGCAGAGUAAAAGAGCUGUAGAACCUUUUGAGGAUCUGAGGACCCAUGACAAAUCUUUUCAGUCUCCUUAGGGGGAAUAGGUUUUGUCGUGCCCUCGUCAUGACUGUCUUGGUGUGCUUGGACCAUGUCAGUUUGUUGGUGAUGUGGACACCAAGGAACUUGAAUCUCUCAACCUGCUCCACUACAGCCCCGUCAAUGAGAAUGGGGGCGUGCUCGGUCCUCUUCUUUUUCCUGUAGUCCACAAUCAUCUCCUUUGUCUUGAUCACGUUGAGGGAGAGGUUGUUGUCCUGGCACCACACGACCAGGUCUCUGACCUCCUCCCUAUAGGCUGCCUCGUCAUUGUCGGUGAUCAGGCCUACCACUGUUUUGUCAUCGCAACCUUAAUUAUGGUGUUGGAGUCGUGCCUGGCCAUGCAGUCAUGAGUGAACAGGGAGUACAGGAGGGGACUGAGCACGCACCCCUGAGGGGCCCCUGUGUUGAGGAUCAGCGUGACGGAUGUGUUGUUACCUACCCUUACCACCUGGGGGCGGCCCGUCAGGAAGUCCAGGAUCCAGUUGCAGUGGAGGCGUUUAGUCCCAGGGUCCUUAGCUUAGUGAUGAGCUUUGAGGGCACUAUGGUGUUGAACGCUGAGCUGUAGUCAAUGAAUAGCAUUCUCACAUAGGUGUUCCUUUUGUCCAGGUGUGAAAGGGCAGUGUGGAGCGCAAUAGAGAUUGCAUCAUCUGGAUCUGUUGGGACGGUAUGCAAAUUGGAGUGGGUCUAGGGUUUCUGGGAUAAUGGUGUUGAUGUGAGCCAUGUACAGCCUUUCAAAGCAGACGUGAGUGCUACGGGUCGGUAGUCAUUUAAGCAGGUUACCUUAGUGUUCUUGGGCACAGGGCCUAUGGUGGUCUGCUUGAAACAUGUUGGUAUUACAGACUCAGACAGUGAGAUGUUGAAAAUGUGAAGACACUUGCCAGUUGGUCAGUGCAUGCUCGGAGUACACGUCCUGGUAAUCCAUCUGGCCCUGCGGCCUUGUGAAUGUUGACCUGUUUAAAGGUCUUACUCACAUCGGCUACGGAGAGCGUGAUCACACAGUCGUCCGGAACAGCUGAUGCUCUCAUGCAUGUUUCAAUGUUACUUGCUUCGAAGCGAGCAUAGAAGUAAUGUAGCUCGUUUGGUAGGCACGUGUCACUGGGCAGCUCGCGGCUGUGCUUCCCUUUGUAGUCUGUAAUAGUUUGCAAGCCCUGCCACAUCCGACGAGUGUCGGAGCCGGUGUAGUACGAUUCGAUCUUUGUCCUGUAUUGACGCUUUGCCUGUUUGAUGGUUCGUCGGAGGGCAUAGCAGGGAUUUCUUAUAAGCUUCCGGGUUAGAGUUCCGCUCCUUGAAAGCGGCAGCUCUACCCUUUAGCUCAGUGUGGAUGUUGCCUGUAAUCCAUGGCUUCUGGUUGGGGUAUGUACAUACAGUCACUGUGGGGACGACGUUAUCGAUGCACUUAUUGAUGAAGCCAAUGACUGAUGUGGUGUACUCCUCAAUGCCAUCGGAAGAAUCCCGGAACAUAUUCCAGUCUGUGCUAGCAAAACAGUCCUGUAGCUUAGCAUCUGCUUCAUCUGACCACUUUUUAAUUGACAGAGUCACUGGUGCUUCCUGCUUUAGUUUUUGCUUGUAAGCAGGAAUCAGGAGGAUAGAAUUAUGGUCUGAUUUGCCAAAUGGAGGACGAGGGAGAGCUUUGUACGCGUCUCUGUGUGUGGAGUAAAGGUGGUCUAGAGUUUUUCUUUCCCUUUGGUUGCACAUUUAACAUGCUGGUAGAAAUGAGGUAAAACUGAUUUAUGUUUCCCUGCAUUAAAGUCCCUGCCACUAGGAGCGCCGCCUCUGGGUGAGCGUUUUCCUGUUUGCUUAUGGCCGUAUACAGUUCAUUGAGUGCGGUCUUAGUGCCAGCAUCGGUUUGUGGUGGUAAAUAGACAUGGUUAGUACUAAAUAUAGAUGAAAACUCUCUUGGUAGAUAGUGUGGUCUACAGCUUAUCAUGAGAUACUCUACCUCAGGCAAGCAAAACCUCGAGACUUCCUUAGAUAUCGUGCACCAGCUGUUGUUUACAAAUAUACAUAGACCGCCACCCCUUGUCUUACCAGAGGCUGCUGUUCUAUCCUGCCGAUACAGUGUAUACCCCACCAGCUGUAUGUUAUUCAUGUCGUCGUUCAGCCACGACUCUGUGAAACAUAAGAUAUUACAGUUUUUAAUGUCCCGUCGGUAGGAUAUACGUGCUUGUAGUUCGUACACUUUUUUAUCAAGCGAUUGUACGUUGGCCAAUAGUAUCGAUUGCAAAGGCAGAUUAGCCACUCAUCGCCGGCACCUUACCAGGCACCCCGAUCUCCUUCCGCAAUAUCUCCUUUUCUUUCUACUGUGAACGACGGGGAUGAGGGCCCUGUCGGGUGUCUGGAGCAAAUCCCCCUCGUCUGACUCAUUAAAGAAAAAUUAUUCGUCCAGUUCAAGGUGAGUAAUCGCUGUUCUGAUGUCUAGAAGCUAUUUUCAGUCAUAAGAGACGGUAGCAGCAACAUUAUGUACAAAAUAAGUUACAAACAAUGCAAAAAAUCAAACAAAAUAGCAUGGUUGGUUAAAAGCCCAUAAAACAGCAGCCAUCCCCUCCGGCGCCAUUCGUACAUGGCGUGUUAGGUGUGUCUUUCUUCCAACAGCAAUCAUAACUGUUAUCAACAGUUACAUGGUGUUGGAAGUCGAGAGUCUAUAUACUUGUAUGACGGGCAAUUAAUUGGUGUUGCUGCCAGCAAUGCAAUCAACAAGCUUUUAAAGAACACUUUAGACCAGACUUGAUGGGUCUUCUUCCUGGUUAGUGAGUGGAUGUAAUGCAGGCAGAGACAGUAUUAUGCCAGGUUUCCUCUGGUGGCCAGACUAAGGGUCAAUUACUUGAAAUGCAGAUUAUGCAGCACAGAGGAGCACGUCAUGAUGCAUGCAGGUGUACAGUGGGGGAAAAAAGUAUUUAGUCUGCCAACAAUUGUGCAAGUUCUCCCACUUAAAAAGAUGAGAGAGGCCUGUAAUUUUCAUCAUAGGUACACGUCAACUAUGACAGACAAAUUGAGAAUUUUUUUUUCCAGAAAAUCACAUUGUAGGAUUUUUAAUGAAUUUAUUUGCAAAUUAUGGUGGAAAAUAAGUAUUUGGUCACCUACAAACAAGCAAGAUUUCUGGCUCUCACAGACCUGUAACUUCUUCUUUAAGAGGCUCCUCUGUCCUCCACUCGUUACCUGUAUUAAUGGCACCUGUUUGAACUUGUUAUCAGUAUAAAAGACACCUGUCCACAACCUCAAACAGUCACACUCCAAACUCCACUAUGGCCAAGACCAAAGAGCUGUCAAAGGACACCAGAAACAACAUUGUAGACCUGCACCAGGCUGGGAAGACUGAAUCUGCAAUAGGUAAGCAGCUUGGUUUGAAGAAAUCAACUGUGGGAGCAAUUAUUAGGAAAUGGAAGACAUACAAGACCACUGAUAAUCUCCCUCGAUCUGGGGCUCCACGCAAGAUCUCACCCCGUGGGGUCAAAAUGAUCACAAGAACGGUGAGCAAAAAUCCCAGAACCACACGGGGGGACCUAGUGAAUGACCUGCAGAGAGCUGGGACCAAAGUAACAAAGCCUACCAUCAGUAACACACUACGCCGCAAGGGACUCAAAUCCUGCAGUGCCAGACAUGUCCCCCUGCUUAAGCCAGUACAUGUCCAGGCCCAUCUGAAGUUUGCUAGAGUGCAUUUGGAUGAUCCAGAAGAGGAUUGGGAGAAUGUCAUAUGGUCAGAUGAAACCAAAAUAGAACUUUUUGGUAAAAACUCAACUCGUCGUGUUUGGAGGACAAAGAAUGCAUACCUACUGUGAAGCAUGGGGGUGGAAACAUCAUGCUUUGGGGCUGUUUUUCUGCAAAUGGGACCAGGACGACUGAUCCGUGUAAAGGAAAGAAUGAAUGGGGCCAUGUAUCGUGAGAUUUUGAGUGAAAACCUCCUUCCAUCAGCAAGGGCAUUGAAGAUGAAACGUGGCUGGGUCUUUCAGCAUGACAAUGAUCCCAAACACACCGCCCGGGCAACGAAGGAGUGGCUUCGUAAGAAGCAUUUCAAGGUCCUGGAGUGGCCUAGCCAGUCUCCAGAUCUCAACCCCAUAGAAAAUCUUUGGAGGGAGUUGAAAGUCCGUGUUGCCCAGCGACAGCCCCAAAACAUCACUGCUCUAGAGGAGAUCUGCAUGGAGGAAUGGGCCAAAAUACCAGCAACAGUGUGUGAAAACCUUGUGAAGAUUUACAGAAAACGUUUGACCUGUGUCAUUGCCAACAAAGGGUAUAUAACAAAGUAUUGAGAAACUUGUGUUAUUGACCAAAUACUUAUUUUCCACCAUAAUUUGCAAAUAAAUUCAUUAAAAAUCCUACAAUGUGAUUUUCUGGAUUUUUUUUUCUCAUUUUGUCUGUCAUAGUUGACGUGUACCUAUGAUGAAAAUUACAGGCCUCUCUCAUCUUUUUAAGUGGGAGAACUUGCACAAUUGGUGGCUGACUAAAUACUUUUUUUCCCCACUGUAUCUGUGGCAACCAACUGAACUUACAGUCUAAUUGGUCGUUAUAGAUACCGUUCCCAUUACAACGCUAACUUACAUUUAACCCUAAAGCUACCAACAUAUUUCGCAUUUUUACCCCAAGAUGGUACUAUUGAAAAAAGCAACAAUCAUAGUAAAAUCUAAACUCAAAUCUCACCCACUGCUGAAACUAAACAAUGUAUUAAAAAACAAACAUUUUAUGUGAUGUUUCAGCUCCAUACCAGACUAACCAAUUUGUCAUACUUGAGUAAACGUAAAGAUACCUUAAUAGAAAAUGACUCAAGUAAAAGUGAAAGUCACCCAGUAAAAUACUACUUAAGUAAAAGUCUAAAAGUAUUUGGUUUUAAAUAUACUUAAGUAUCAAAAGUAAAUGUAAUUGCUAAAAUAUACUUAAGAAUCAAAAGUAAAAGUAUAAAUCAUUUCACAUUCCUUAUAUUAAGCAAACCAGAAGGCACGAUUUUCUUAUUUUAAUUUAUGGAUAGCCAGGGGCACACUCCAGUGAGUCCGCCAGAUCAGAAGCAGUAGGGAUGACCAGAGAUGUCCUCUUGAUAAGUACGUGAAUUGGACCAUUUUCCUGUCCUGCUAAGCAUUCGAAAUGUAACAAGUACUUUUGGGUGGCAGGGAAAAUGUAUGGAGUAAAAAGCACAUUAUUUUCUUUAGGAAUGUAGUGGAGUGAAAGUAAAAGUUGUCAAAAAUAUUAAUAGUAAAGUAAAGUACAGAUACCCCAAAAAACAACUUAAGUAGUACAAUACUUUAAAGUAUUUUUUACUUAAGUACUGUAUACCACUGCCCACAACAAGUAUGAAAAGACACAAUAAUGGUUUGCAAUAGCAGCCAGACCAGCCAGGGAAGCUGCUAGCAGGCAGUUAUGCUGAAUGAAGCAUUCUUUAGCAAGGCCUUCCCUUGAAAAGCCUUGUUGUUGAAUCUGGUGCUUCCCCCUACACGACAACAACAACAUGGGGAACUUGCUAGCUGUGUUUGGCUCAUGCAGGAUUUUUGUGUGUGUUGGUAGAUAGAUGGGCACAGCGGGGGUAACGGGGUCGGGGGGUUUGGGGGGUGAGUGUUGUGGGGAAACAACAAGCAUGCAGAGCAGGCAUUUACGUCUAGUGUAAAUGCAGGUCUUUUUUCCAAUCAUGUGAUGUGAAACAGAAACUUUGUUGUGAAGUCAAAAAGAAACAGAAAAGGAAUUGAUGCUAGGUACAUCUGUUUGACUGAGUUUGCAAACAUUUCCCACCCCUCCAACCAAAAUACCAAUUGCUCCACGGGGACUUUUACAGAAAUGUGUACCAUAAAACAGAAUGAUAUGUUCUCAAAAUACAAUAAAAUGAAAAUUACAAAUGACUAUAAUAUUCUAUUAUCCCCUGUCAGGGUUUCCCUAUAGCAGGGUUCUUCAAUUCCGGUCCUGGAGGGCCGAGACACUUCUGUUUUAUAUUUCUACCUGGUAGUUAAUUGCCCUCACCUGGUGUCCCAGGUCUGAAUUAGCCCCUGAUUAGAUGGAGAGGAUGAAAAACAGGGUGUUUCGGCCCUCCAGGACCGGAAUUGAAGAACCCUGCCCUAUAGGCAGCCCUCAGGCCAAAUGAGUAAAACAUAUAUAAUAAUGAUUUUUGUUGUUGGACAUAAAUGGCUGUAAAAUCCCCAGGAAAUCAGCUCAAUGUUAUUUUAAUUUAGGAAAUAUGUCAAAUACUAUAUCUGUUUGGGCUUCUUACGAGCAAUUUGCAGUGUAGGCCCACAAAUUAUUUCAAAUUAUGUUCCGGCCCCAGGACCAUCCACUCCGUGGCUGAAUGUAAUUGGUGGCCCCUGCCCUGUGUCAUGCCUCAAAUACUGUACACAGGCUGAUCUUACGUCCUUUACCUUCAUUAUCAUACAGGGAUCAUCAUAGUCAUUUUCUCCUGCUGACAGUCAGUCCUAUUGGCAGUAGCAGUGAAGGGCUCAUUGCCAGUCAAGUUCAAGUCAGGGGCCACAGGGAGCAUUGGUUCUGCCGUUUGGCUCUCUCUGUGACAGUAAUAGUCCUCCUGGCAUGGCGUGCUGAGGAUUUACCAUCAGAUUACCCUCCUGCCAUUCAGAGAAACAAUUCUACCAUGUAAUACCCUGUACUAACCCUGUACUAACCAUGUAAUACCCUGUACUAACCUUGUAAUACUGUGUACUAACCCUGUAAUAUCCUGUUACUAACCAUGUAAUAUCCUGUACUAACCCUGUGAUACCCUGUUACUAACCCUGUAAUACCCUGUUACUAACCCUGUAAUACCCUGUUACUAACCCUGUAAUAUCCUGUACUAACCCUGUACUAACCCUGUGAUAUCCUGUACUAACCCUGUUACUAACCCUGUAAUAACCCUGUUACUAACCCUGUAAUACCCUGUACUAACCCUGUAAUACCCUGUACUAACCCUGUUACUAACCCUGUAAUAACCCUGUUACUAACCCUGUGACUAACCCUGUAAUAUCCCUGUACUAACCCUGUGAUACCCUGUACUAACCCUGUAAUACCCUGUACUAACCCUGUAAUAUCCUGUACUAACCCUGUACUAACCCUGUGAUACCCUGUAAUACCCUGUACUAACCCUGUAAUACCCUGUACUAACCGCUGUUCAUAGAACGUUUCCUGUGUUUUUAUUUGUAACUGGAUGUGCAUAAUGUGAGAAAGAAAAUAAUUAGGGCCUUUGUUGGUGACUAAUACUUUUCAUUAGCUGCCAUAGUUGGGUAAAUAUUUAUGUUGUUUCUCUUGGUCUUCCUCUGAUUUUCUAUGACCUUUCCAGGGGCGACAGAGAGGCGAUCAAGAGGAUAGCCUAUGAGUUUGUGGAGGACAAAGCCAAAGAGGGGGUGAUCUACGUUGAAGUCAGAUACAGCCCACACUACCUGGCUAACACUGACGUAGAACCCAUUCCAUGGAACCAAAAAGAGUACGUGGAUGAUAUUAUAUGUUUCUGAGUCGGUAAAGUAGCUGACAGAAAAGUGUGACUUUGAAACAUACUGUAAGUGUGAUUGAUGUCACUUUACUAUAUGGACAUGCGCAAUACAGUUCUUUGAGUUACGUGUGCUCUCCGAUUGCAGAGUCUUGUAUUGUUCAUGUAGGUAUCUGUUCUUAGAGAUCAAACAUAAAAUGUAACAUAGCAAUGCAUUGAAGAGUUCUCUGUGUGUUGAUUUCACUCUCUCUCUCUCUUCCCCCAGAGGUGACCUGAGCCCAGAUGAGGUUGUUCGCUUGGUGAACCAGGGUCUGACCGAGGGAGAGAAGGCAUUCAACAUCAAAGCCAGGUCCAUUCUGUGCUGCAUGCGCCACAUGCCAAGUAAUGCCCUCACGGUCCUGUUCACGCUCCUGUCCUGUCUGUCUGGCCCAACGCAGCCCCUCCUUAUUGUCUGUAGUUCUCUGUCUGUAGUCCUCUGUCUGUAGUUCUGUCUGUAGUCCUCUGUCUGUAGCCCUCUGUCUGUAGUCCUUUUUCUGUAGUCCUCUGUCUGUAGUCCUCUUUCUGUAGUUCUGUCUGUAGUCCUCUUUCUGUAGUUCUGUCUGCAGUCCUCUUUCUGUAGUUCUGUCUGCAGUCCUCUGUCUGUAGUUCUGUCUGCAGUCCUCUGUCUGUAGUCCUCUGUCUGUAGGCCUCUUUCUGUAGUCCUUUUUCUGUAGUUCUGUCUGUAGUCCUCUUUCUGUAGUUCUGUCUGUAGUCCUCUGUCUGUAGUCCUCUUUCUGUAUUCUGUCUGUAAGUCCUCUUUCUGUAGUUCUGUCUGCAGUCCUCUUUCUGUAGUUCUGUCUGCAGUCCUCUGUCUGUAGUCCUCUGUCUGUAGGCCUCUUUCUGUAGUCCUCUUUCUGUAGUUCUGUCUGCAGUCCUCUUUCUGUAGUUCUGUCUGUAGUCCUCUGUCUGUAGUCCUCUUUCUGUAGUUCUGUCUGUAGUCCUCUUUCUGUAGUUCUGUCUGCAGUCCUCUUUCUGUAGUUCUGUCUGCAGUCCUCUGUCUGUAGUCCUCUAUCUGUAGGCCUCUUUCUGUAGUCCUUUUUCUGUAGUUCUGUCUGUAGUCCUCUUUCUGUAGUUCUGUCUGUAGUCCUCUGUCUGUAGUCCUCUUUCUGUAGUUCUGUCUGUAGUCCUCUUUCUGUAUUUUCUGUCUGCAGUCCUCUUUCUGUAGUUCUGUCUGCAGUCCUCUGUCUGUAGUCCUCUGUCUGUAGGCCUCUUUCUGUAGUCCUUUUUCUGUAGUUCUGUCUGUAGUCCUCUUUCUGUAGUUCUGUCUGUAGUCCUCUUUCUGUAGUUCUGUCUGCAGUCCUCUGUCUAUAGUCCUCUGUCUGUGAUCCUCAUCACACUAAGUUGCAGGCCAAACAUCUCCCAGUCAAAAAUACUCCCCACACUUCCUGUUUUGGGCAUCGUCUGACUGUCUCGUUUCAUUCCAUCCCCACUCAAUGAUGUUGAUCUAUAUGUGAGGAGGUGUGAUACUGUGCUUACUAUUGAGUUUUCUACUUAGCUAAUGUCACCAUUUGCUGACCCUAAUGCAGACAGUACAAAGGGGCUCUUGUUUGUGUAUUGUAUUGUAUCACUGAAUUAACAAUUGCAAGCCUCAUCUCCUAUGUUACAGCACAGAAUAGAGCCAGCAUUGUCUCUCAUACAAGAGAUAUCCCCUUAGGCAUUAGUAAAGUCAUUUGGUUGUAUGUAACUUUCUGACUUCACAGAACAUUGUAUCUGUUUUUGUUAUUACAUGCAACAAAAUGCAAGUGGCUAUUUUAGGCAAACAUUCCAGUGAACAGUUUUCUGUUGUCAGACUUUUGUAUUUUGUUUUUUGUAUUUUGUUCUGCUUUUGUUAACAUUAAGUUUGGAACUGGACAAUUUGACCUUUUCAACCAUUGCUUCCAUUAGCUUUUACUGAGAUGCUUGACAUGAUUCACAAUGUCUCUCAUUCAUGUCAGCAGAUAUUCAGAUAACCAUUAGGUCAUAGAUCUAGCAUGAAAACAUUUCACCAACAUCCUCACAAAUCAAACAUCCUGUCUCCAGGUCUUUGACCUCACUGGAUUUCUGCUGUCCUGUAAUAAAUGUGUUGUUGCGUUGCGCAGGCUGGUCCAUGGACGUGGUGCAGUUGUGUAAGAAGUAUAAGGAGGAUGGAGUGGUGGCUAUUGAUCUGGCAGGAGACGAGUCCCUCAACUGUGAGGCCUACCCAGGACACAGGAUGGCCUAUGAGGUAACUUACCACUGCCCAACUUUGAACCCUCGUGUCCAAUUCAUACUGUAUGUGCUGUAGUCAACUCUUCCAUGCAUGAUUCAUGGCAAUGAUACAAGACAAGAGGUAGCCUCAGCAGGAUAUGAGGCUAACCACUGUCCUACUGAAUGCUAUCAUGCAGCAUACCAUGCUCAGUUUAAUGGCUUAAAAGGUGGGAGAUCACCCUCCAACUUGCAGAAGAAUUUAAAAUCAAAUCAAAUUGUAUUUGUCACAUGCGCCGAAUACAAUAGGUAUAGACCUUACAGUGAAAUGCUUACUUACAAGCCCUUAACCAACAAUGCAGUUUUUAAGAAAAAGUGUAAAGUAAAACAUUGAUAAGUACAUAUUAAAAAAGAAAAAUAGAAAAAUAACAAUUAAAGAGCAGCAAUAAAAUAACAGUAGUGAGGCUAUAUACAGGGGGUACCGGUACAGAGUCAAUGUGCGGGGGCACAGGUUAGUUGAGAUAAUUGAGGUAAUAUGUACAUGUAGGUAGAGGUAAAGUGACUAUGCAUAGAUAAUAAACAGAGAGUAGCAGCAGCAUACCAGGCGGUGAUGCAAUCAGUCAGGAUGCUCUCGAUGGUGCAGCUGUAUAACUUUUUGAGGAUCUGAGGACCCAUGCCAAAUCUUUUCAGUCUCCUGAGGGGGAAUAGGCAUUGUCAUGCCCUCUUCACGACUAUCUUGGUGUGUUUGGACCAUGAUAGUUUGGUGAUGUUUGGUGAUCCUCUGUAGCUCAAUUGGUAGAGCAUGGCGCUUGUAACGCCAGGGUAGUGGGUUCGAUCCCCGGGACCACCCAUGCAUAAAAAUGUAUGCACACAUGACUGUAAGUCGCUUUGGAUAAAAUCGUCUGCUAAAUGGCAUAUUAUUUAUGUUCCACUACAGCCCCGUCGAUGAGAAUGGGGGCGUGCUCGGUCCUCUUCUUUUUCCUGUAGUUCCACAAUCAUCUCCUUUGUGUGGGGUUGUAUCGAGCGAGAAUGAAGGUGUGCUGAAAACACUAUAAAAAGUAUUCACAUUUGACACGGUUGGCUACCCCUUGUCAGAUAACAGCGUUAAAGUACAAUCAAUCUUUAUUAGGCCUAUUGCAGAACCGCAGACCUUAAAGGCCUACAAUUGGUUGAUUUUGUUUUAUAACUAGCCAAUAAUUUGCAAUAAUUUUUAUCAUUAUAACUCAUUGAUUAACUCUCUAUACAUAUGUCCAUACAUGAAGGUCGCUUUAGAAAAACAUUUGUUGGAGAGGUCUGCAAUUUCUUGUAACAGAAAACUUGCUCAAGAACAAUAAAUUAAUCAGUGAAACUAUUCACAGUGUUCCUGAUGACCAAAUUUAGACUAUUUGUCAAAAGUAUGCCUCUGUUAAGUGUUUCAACCAAAAGUUGGCAUAAGUAAUUUCAACAAGCAUUUUAGUUUGGACUGCGUAGUUUGUUCUAUCUCUGGUGGUUCCGGAUUUAAACACAGUUCCAUUAAUUCAUUCCCCCAGGAUAACAUCUGGGAACACUGUGGUAAGGUCGACCAGAGGCUGAAGUGAUAAAUGUGGACAUGUUAACAUCUGUUUAAAUGAUUAGUUUGACUAAGGCCAGUUCCAAACACUAUUAUCUUAGUAGAGUGCAACUCUGAUACUAAUACAGACAGUUAUCAUGACUGCACAAGCUCUAGAUCGGUGUCCUGGAUUCGAAGCAGGGUUUUGUCAAUGUUGGCGAGAUGCAAUUCUUACCAAUCUAGCCUUUGGCAGAAAAAGAAUGCCUACUCUUGACAGAAACAUGAGCUCUUGGAAUAAUGUUGUGACUAUGUUCAUCCAUGUAUAAUGACAUCGUUUCAAAACAAUGGAAGGUAUUUCAGUCGGGACUAAUUGUCAAAUCCAGAUGGUUCUCAUAUUAAGUUGGUGUUGAUGUGAGUGACCUUGUUGACAGGAAGCAGAGAGAUGUGGGAUCCACAGAACAGUCCAUGCUGGAGAGGUGGGCCCUGCCUCUGUGGUGAAAGAGGUGAGCUUCCCUUUCCUCAACAGCCUUUGGGGACCAUUAAAUAUGUCUAUGGCAGUUCAACUUGACCGAAGUCUUCCUCUACUUCAGCAACACAUACGUCAUUAUAACGUCUCUCACUGAACUACAUUAUCAUGUUAUAAGUGACACUGCAUUGUGAAAACAUUUCUCCCCUCCCUUUUUAUAAGAACGUAAAUACGGUAUGUAUUUCAGAUAGAAACAAGUAAACAACCGAGGACACAGAGCACACUAGUCUGUUCAUCACUAUCCAAUUUCAUGUCUCCUUGGAAUUCUUCACUAGCCUAUGUGAAUUACUUUCUAUGGAAGCCAUCUUUCUAAAAUGUCAGGGAACUAUGCAUCUAAAGACAGGGUGUUGCCAGGAAUAGCCAGUAGUUCUGCUAACAUGUGUACGUGAGAUGAUUUUGACGAAACUGCUUGAUGACCCAUAUCUCAUGUCUUCUUCAGGCUGUGGAGGUCCUGAAAGCAGAGAGAGUAGGACAUGGUUACAACACGCUGGAGGACCAAGUGCUGUACAAACAACUCCUGGAGCAGAAUAUGCAUUUUGAGGUAAGAACGUACACAUUUAUAUUCACCUGUAAUGUAAAGUAACAUUGGACUUUAUACACACAUAAUAUUACAUGAUGUAUGAUCAUACCUCAUAGAACAAGGCAAAUAUAUCCUACCAUAGAUUUAAAGAUCCUACCAUGAAUGGAGAGGCGAUAAAGGACACAGCGGAUGCUUAAACCGACUAGGAAAAACCUAAAACUGACCCUUACCUUAACCAAAUCCUUAACCCCGACCCUAACCUAAUUUUAAUACAUUCUGAAAUAAGAUAUCGGUUUGGGCAUCAGGCGUGACCAUGACUGCAUGGCCAAGCACAACUCCAAAACCAUCAUUAAGUUUGCCGACGACUCAACAGUGGUAGGCCUGAUCACCAACAACGAUGAGACAGCCUACAGGGAGGAGGUCAGAGACCUGGCCGUGUGGUGCCAGGAUAACAACCUCUCCCUCAACAUGAUCAAGACAAAGGAGAUGAUUGUGGACUACAGGAAAAGGAGGACCGAGCACGCCCCCAUUCUCAUCGACGGGGCUGUAGUGGAGCAGGUUGAGAGCUUCAAGUUCCUUGGUGUCCACAUCACCAACAAACUAUUAUGGUCCAAACACACCAAGACAGUCAUGAAGAGGGCACGACGAAGCCUAUUCCCCCUCAGGAGACUGAAAAGAUUUGCAAUGGGUCUUCAGAUCCUCAAAGAAAUUAUACAGCUGCACCAUCGAGAGCAUCCUGACUGGUUGCAUCACCGCCUGGUAUGGCAACUACUCGGCCUUCGACCGCAAGGCACUACAGAGGGUAGUGCAUACGGCCCAGUACAUCACUGGGGCCAAGCUUCCUGACAUCCAGGACCUCUAUACCAGGCGGUGUCAGAGGAAGGCCUUAAAAAUUGUCAAAGACUCCAGCCACCCUAGUCAUAGACUGUUCUCUCUGCUACCGCACGGCAAGCGGUACCGGAGCUACAAGUCUAGGUCCAAACGGCUUCUUAACAGCUUCUACCCCCAAGCCAUACGACUCCUGAACAGCUAAUAAAAUGGCUACCCGGACUAUUUGCAUUGUCCCCCCACCCCCUCUUUUUACGCUGCUGCUACUCUGUUUAUUAUCUAUGCAUAGUCACUUUACCUCUAACUACAUGUACAUAUUACCUCAAUUACCUCGACUAACCUGUGCUCCCACACAUUGACUCUGUACCGGUACCCCCUGUAUAUAGCCUCGCUACUGUAAUUUUACUGCUGCUCUUUAAUUAUUUGUUAUUUUUCUUAAAUAUUUUUUAAUUUUUACUUAUCAAUUUUUUAUUUAAGACAUAUUUUUCUUAACUGCAUUGUCGGUUAAGGGCUUGUAAGUAAGCAUUUCACUGUUGUAUUUGGCCCAUGUGACAAAUAAAAUUUGAUUUGAUUUUUGGUUAAAGCCUUUUCCUACCAUGAAGUCCUCGGCAGCUAGUGCACAGUGACCUCUGGUGGUCAAGGAGAGACAUUACACAAGUGUUGUGUCCAAAUUAAUUGCUCCUUUCGCCCAAAGGGUCUACAAGUUUACUUUCCAUCUGGAUUUUAAAGCUAAUGACUGGUAUAUGGAAACUCUCAUAUCAAUACAAUGCUUUUAAACUUGUGGGGAGUAGUGAACGUGUGCACACUUCAGGAAGAAAGAGAAAUGAUUGGGACUUACAGCCUAGAAUCUUGGCACACAAGGCUACUGUUCUGUAACAAAGGAAUGCUGUGUGAUUUCAGGUGUGUCCCAUAUCCAGCAAACUGACUGGAGCGUGUGAUCCAGACUUCACCAAGCAUCCUGUCAUCACGUAAGCAGUCUUUCACUACUCAUCAUAUUUAAUGAAUGAUACUUCUUCUGAUAAAGUUUCAACAACCCAAUACCAUAAAGAUUAUAACAGAAUUUAGGGCGGCAGGUAGCUUAGUGGUUAAGAGCGUUGUGCCAGUAACCAAAAGGUCGCUGGUUCUAAUCCCUGAGCCAACUAGGUGAAAAAUCUGUCGAUGUGCCCUUGAGCGAGGCACUUAACCCUAAUUGCUCCUGUAAGUCGCUCUGGAUAAGAGCGUCUGCUAAAUGACCCCCAAAAAAAAAAAAAAGUUUCAUUUUUGUUUGGGUUUACUUAUCCCCUCUGAAUGACGUGUGUGUAUGUAGCUUCAGAAAGGAUAAGGCCAACUACUCCCUGAACACAGACGACCCUUUGAUUUUCAACUCCACCCUGCACUUAGACUACAGCACUGCCCAGAAGUACAUGGGCUUCACCGAAGAGGAAUUCAAGAGACUGGUAAGAAAACAUUUCUGCCCUUCCCAUUUGGUUGGCAGCUCAAUACCGUUAAAUAUUUAGCCUGGUUGUUUCCCCUUGCUCUGCAAGGGUUGCGGCUUUUGUGGAGCGACGGGUAACUGUGCUUCGAGGGUGACUGUUGUCGAUGUGUGCAGAGGGUCCCUGGUUCAAGCCCAUGUAGGGGCGAGGAGAGGGACGGAAGCAACACUGUUACACCACUGGUGACAAUACUACAGUAUACUCUCCCAUGAUGGUUUAAUGAGUCUCACGCACCUCGUUUUCAGAACAUAAACUCUGCUAACUCCAGCUUCUUGCCUAAGAAGGAGAAGAAGGAUCUUGUCAACACGUUGUAUGAAGCCUAUGGAAUGGUGGAGAACACUGGCUUUUAA